GUACCAUGUAAUUGAGCAUCUCAGAUCAGAAGGGACAGAACAGAACAGAGCCAGUUGCCCACAGAAGAGAGAGAGAGAGAGAGAAAGAGAGAGAGAAGGGAGAGGACAAACAAGCUGCAAAAUUUCUUGUGCUUUAAUAGCUGGUUGUGGAGGAGAGGAGCCCUUGAGUUAUCUCCUCGUAUCCCUUGCUUCCCUCUAAAGUUUAAAGCUUUAACGUUAUCUCCCUCCCUCCCUCUGAUAAAUCAGAGGGAGACCUAGAAAGCGGAAACCAAGCAUUUCUUUGCUUCUGGGUCUCCAAUGGCAAGCUGGGUGCUAUCAGAAUGUGGCCUUAAACCCCUCCCCAGGAUAUAUGCUAACCCCAGAACUGGCCUCACAUCUGGCAGCACCACAGUUUCAGCCAGGAUCAGACCUUUUCAAUCGUGCAAGAAGCAUACUCUUGGCCCUUCACCGAAGGCCUUGAGCGGGUCAAGGGAAAGAAACUGGGGGCUGAAUGUAAGCACACCAGUGAAACCCGCGUCCCUUGAAGAGGUAGCACACGAAGAAAAUGGAAUCAAUGGGCUCAGCGAAGUGCCAGGUCGGUUCGACCCCAGCGCACCUCCCCCUUUCAAGUUGGCCGAUAUCAGAGCAGCCAUUCCGAAGCAUUGUUGGGUGAAGGACCCGUGGAGGUCAAUGAGCUAUGUGGUGAGAGAUGUGGCGGUGGUUCUUGGAUUGGCUGCUGUUGCUGCUUAUUUCAACAACUGGGUUGUUUGGCCUCUCUACUGGUUUGCUCAGGGAACUAUGUUCUGGGGUCUCUUUGUUCUCGGCCAUGAUUGUGGUCAUGGCAGUUUCUCCAAUAAUCCGAAGCUAAACAGUGUGGUUGGACAUUUGCUUCAUUCUUCAAUCCUUGUCCCGUAUCAUGGAUGGAGAAUUAGCCACAGAACUCACCACCAGAACCACGGACACGUCGAGAACGAUGAAUCGUGGCAUCCGUUGUCGGAGAGGAUAUAUAAUAGUCUGGACAAUGUCACCAAAUUGCUGCGGUUCACCUUGCCAUUCCCCAUGUUGGCUUAUCCUAUCUAUCUGUGGAGUCGAAGUCCUGGAAAGAAAGGCUCUCAUUACAACCCGAACAGCGACUUAUUUGUCCCGAACGAGAGAAAAGAUGUGAUCACAUCGACUGCUUGUUGGACUGCAAUGGUUGCAAUCCUUGCAUGCCUUGCCUUUGUUAUGGGCCCCAUUCAGCUGCUUAAGCUCUAUGGUGUUCCUUACUUUACAUUUGUGGCCUGGUUGGAUUUGGUGACUUAUUUGCAUCACCAUGGCCAUGACGAGAAAUUGCCAUGGUACCGGGGCGAGGAAUGGAGUUAUCUGAGAGGAGGGCUCACAACCCUUGACCGUGAUUAUGGAUGGAUCAACAACGUCCACCAUGACAUUGGGACCCAUGUCAUUCAUCACCUCUUCCCUCAGAUUCCACACUACCACUUAAUAGAAGCAACUGAAGCAGCUAAGCCAGUGCUUGGCAAGUACUACAGAGAACCAAAGAAAUCUGGGCCUCUCCCACUUCACUUGCUCAAGGUCCUUACAAAGAGCAUGAAGGAGGACCACUAUGUGAGUGAUUCUGGAGAUAUUGUGUACUACCGAACAGACCCUAAGCUCAGUGGGUCUAACUCAAACAUUCGAGGAUGAAGAUGAAGUGGUCUUUCCUGGUACCCAAAACCAAUGCCAGAGCUUCCUGAUAUAUGACAAUUCUUUCAGACCAUCCAUUUAGCGUCCCACCUUUAUCCAUCUAGACAUGUAAACUAUUUUGCCGCCAUCCAUUCUUUUCUGUAACCAACAAUGGAGAGCCAGAUGUUUCUGAAGAUUUUUUUUAAGGUAUCUCUCUUGUUGCACAGGGAUUAUAAAGUUUGUCUUAUGUAAUUGGAGGGAAAGAACAUCCCUCCCUUUCUUAAGUGAAAAAGACAAGAAGUUCUUUCCUCAUCA